UCUUUGGAAGUAAUGUUACGUAAAGUUUGACAACUCCAACGCAAAAAAAAACAAUACGACUGCUCUAAAAUGCCGUUUCGCUCACUAUUUCAAAAAGUUUGCCAAAAUGAAGCAAUUUCUAUUAAAUUAGUGCAAUGCAGUAAUAUUCUGAAUGUUACGGCACUACGUUCGAUUCCGGUGCGAUGUAGUUCGUUCCGUUCUUCUGAACCAGUCGGCGACGUCGACCGAUUCCCGCAGGUUGAUGUCGUUAGGGAUGCACCGGAAUGGAAGUUCGUCGAAAGGCUUCUAGCGGCCCGUGUUGUUCCAACUCCAGUUGCAAAAACUGAAUAUCCGUCAGGUUGGAAACCGCCGCAACCCAGACCGGAUCUUAAGUAUUUCGUUGCCAGAACGAAGAACUACAUGCUUCCGGUGUAUUUGCGUAGGACGUUCCGUGGCCAACGGAUUGUUACAGCCGUUAGACGCAUUGAUGGUGAUAUUUGGCAGCUGGAGGCGGAGCUUCGAUAUUUGAUUGAGAAGAAACUAAACAAGUCGAUUGUGACCCGGGUAAACGAGAUGAAUGGCCAGAUUGAGCUGAAAGGCGAUUUCGUUACUAUUGUCGAAGGAUUUCUCCUGGAGAAAGGUUUGUAAAGUAGCUUAGAAUUUUGUUUAAUAUAAUCAUCUUUAGAGGAA